AUGAAAUAUGAUAAAGAUAUUUGGAAUUCACAAAAAUAUUUAAUUGAAGCAACAAUACCAGAAAUGUCAAUUUGUACUGAUUGUAUUCUAUCACGUUUAACAAUUAUUAAUGUUGAACAAGCUGAUUUAGGUAAUUAUUAUAUUAAUGCAACAUCACCUGGCUUUCUAUCUGAAUAUGGAAGAAUUAAUCUUUAUCAAACAUCUGAUUGUCAACAAUUUAUUACUCAUCGAAAUAAUAAAGGAUUUGUUCUUUUUCAAUAA